GCAUAAAAAAUGAUUAUAAAUAAACUUAUAUUAAUAUCCCUUUUCCUUACUUUUGCAUUAACUUUUACCCCUCCUCAACCUCUCCAAGGCAACAUUUUACGUUGUGUCGGCGAAAUAGGUAACGCUGUCGAAGAUAUAACAAAAUUAAUAACCUCUUGUAUGUCUAAAUAAGUCUCAAGCAUAAUAACCGAUAUCGGAAAAGUAGCAGGCCGCCUCUAGCCUUUAAUGAAAGAAUGCUCAAAUGCUAAUUGCUUAACUGAUGCAUUAAAAAGAUGUGAAGAAGCAGAAUAAAAAAAAUGUGAACCUUACGGAGCUAUUGCCUAUCCUAAAUGUCCUGAAGGUCAAUAUAAUGUAGGAUGUUGUUUAUGUGCAUAAUUAUGCCCUCAAGGAUUUACUGACUAAGGACUUUUUUGCGCAAAAGCAGCUCCUUAUGGACGUGGGGCUGGUUAUGCUUGGAAAUUCGGAGAUUCAUUCAAUCUAAAUAAUGCAUUAUAAAGAUGUGAAAAAGAUAAUUCUUAAUAUGGUUGUGAAAAAAGUGGGCUUCUAAUAUAUCCUAAAUGCAAACCUGGUUUCCAUCCUGUUGGUUGCUGUAUUUGCUCACCUGAUUGUCCUGAAGGAUACACAGAUAUUGGAGUUUCUUGCUAAAAACCAAUUGCUACUUAUGGAAGAGGAGCUGGCUAUCCGAUGUUUUAUGAAGAUUGUGCUGAUGAAGAUACUACCAAAAAGUUAAGAAAAUAGAACGACUCUAAUUUAAAUUGUGAUUAAUUAAAUUAAAGUAUGAUUUAGCUAAGCUAGGAUUUUUUAUAAAACUAAUUACACGCUUCUAAGAUUGUAGAAAUUUCUAUUAAAUUAAGCUAAAGCAUGUCAGGUUUUGAAUCUAAAUGUAAUGUUUGAGAAUAUUAUUUAUUAUUAUAAUUAAUAUUUUUAUAUGGUUUAUAUGCUAUUUUUUUUUACCAUCAAUAUUUUAUUUCUUU